AUGAAGUUAUCCGCUAACAUUUUGACCGCGGCAUUGCUUGGCUCCCAAGUCUUUGUCAAUGCUAUGCCUCAUAUGCCAAUCAAAAGAGAUGAAGAGGAUUGCUCUGAAACAGUACCAGCCCAUGCUGAUUCUCAUCAACACAAAAGAGCCGUUGCAGUUAACUAUGUUUACCAAACUGUUACAGUUGACGGUAAUGGUAAUUCAUACACACCAACUGCAUCUGCUUCAGGUUCAGCAGCUAGCUCUUCAGCUCCAUCCAGUUCAGAUGCAGUGGCUAUGGUUACUCAAUACGUGACUCCAGGUGUUUCUGCCUCUUCUCCAUCUGGUGGAUAUGGAGGUGGCUUGAGUGGAUUUGCUACUUCAGUCAUCCACAAUGCCCAGCCAAGUCAAUCUUCCUCUCCAAGUUCUUCUGGCAGUGGCUCCUCAUCUUCGUCAUCUUCAUCCCCAAGUGGAUCUGGUGACAACUGGACUGAAACCAAUUCUGAAGCCUCAUCAUCUGGUGAUGCUAGUUCCAACUCCAACGCCUCUGCAUCUGCUGGUAAUGGUGAUUCUACUGCCUCAUCAUCUGCUGAUAGUACUGCAGAAUCUGGUACCAAUUCUUCUGCUCAGGCUUCAGCUGAAGCUCAAGCUCAUUCUAACAAUGGCAACUCCCACUCAGAUUCUGAUUCAUCAUCCUCAUCAUCUUCAUCAUCCAAUAACAAUGGUGGUUCCUCUUCUUCUUCCUCUUCCUCCUCUUCCUCCUCUGGUUCCUCUUCAAGUUCAUCAGGUUCUUCUGGUUCCGGCGGUAGUUCUAGUUCUAGUUCAAGUUCCAGUUCAUCUGGUGGUAUCUUUGGUGACCUUUCUGCCUAUGAAGGUCCAAAUGAAAAAUUCCAAGAUGGAACUAUCCCAUGUAGCCAAUUCCCAUCCGGUCAAGGUGUUAUUCCUAUUGAUUGGAUUAAUGAGGGCGGCUGGUCCGGCGUUGAAAACUCAGACACUUCUACUGGUGGUAGUUGCAAAGAGGGUUCUUACUGUUCCUAUGCUUGUCAAGCUGGUAUGUCAAAGACUCAAUGGCCUUCAACUCAACCAAGUGAUGGUAGAUCAAUUGGUGGAUUGUACUGUAAGAACGGUUACUUGCACAGAACUAACACCGAUGCUGAUUACUUGUGUGAAUGGGGUCAAGAUGUCGCAAGCAUCGUUUCUAAGUUGGAUCAAGAUGUUGCCAUUUGUAGAACCGACUACCCAGGUACUGAAAACAUGGUUAUUCCAACUUAUGUUAAAUCCGGUAACUCCCAACCACUAACAGUUGUUAAUCAAGAUACCUAUUACCAAUGGGAAGGUAAGCCAACUUCUGGCCAAUUCUACGUUAACAAUGCAGGUGUUUCUCUAGAAGAUGGUUGUGUUUGGUCAACUCCUGGUUCCGGUAAAGGUAACUGGGCACCAUUGAACUUUGGUGCUGGUUAUACAAAUGGUAUUACUUACUUAUCUUUGAUUCCAAAUCCAAACAACAACGUUCCAUUGAACUACAACGUCAAGAUUGUCGCUGCAGAUGAUUCGUCUAUUGUUACCGGUGAUUGUAAAUACGAAAACGGCGAAUACAACGGUAGUGGUUCUGACGGUUGUACCGUUGCAGUCACAUCUGGUAAGGCUCAAUUUGUCUUGUACAAUUAA